AUGUUGGCCAAGAUCGCACUCGUUUUUUCGGCGUAUGGAAUAUUUUCGGUAGUUGGAGCAUAUCAAGUAAUACAAUACCUGGAAAAUGGAGUGCCCGGCUACUUGAACAUAACCAUCGAUCCAUUUGUAAAUAUCGACGGUGGAUUCUAUUACAUUGAACCCGAAUCGAAAGUGAGCUGGUUUCAGGCUUUCGAGUCCUGUCGUCGAAUGAACGCAUAUCUAAUUGCGUUCGAAACCAUGGAAGAAUGGAAUCUAAUCAACCAAUACCUGUGGAAUCAUAAUAUCAGCGAUUUAUAUUGGACUUCGGGUGUGGACUUGGCGAUUGAAGGAAAGCACGGAUGGUUCUCAAUCGGGGAGCCCAUACAACUAAAUAUUUGGGGCUCAGGAGAACCGAAUAAUAUGGAUGGAGUUGAGCACUGCGACGAGCUGGGUUACGAUGGGAAUUCGACUAAUUAUAAGGUAUUGAACGAUAUACAGUGCGAUGAGCAGAGAUUGUUUAUUUGUGAGACCCAUGAACCCAAAACCGCAUCGGUUGUAGUUUUCUAGACUUGAUCAUAACAUGAUACGAAAUUCCUUUGCCAUUCCAGAAUAAAUAUAU